GACAGCUCUGCAUUUAUAUUACAACUAACUUUUAAUUAUUAAUUUGAAAUGCUUGCUAAAACUGGAGUGCAGUUGUUUGUGCUUAGUUCACGACUAACGCCACUUCGUCCAGCUCUGGGCAAUCUCUGCCGGCAGCAGCUGCAGGAGUUGCCACAGAGGAAGGAAGUUGGAACCGCUUUGUGGCUGCAACAGACGCGUGGUUAUGCAAAAGGCAAGGACAGAAAGAAGGAGAAGGGCGGCAAAGGGAAACCAGUUAAGGUGGAGAUCAACGAGCUGCAUCUGCGCGAACUGAUCAAUCUGGAUAGCCUGAAUGCCCAAAUGGAGAAGUCGGUGCUGCAAAUGAAAGAUGAUUUUAUCAAGAAUCUAUCGUUGCGUUCCACAAGCGGCGCCAUCGAUACACUGCGCAUCAAGGUGGACGGAGCGGAGCAUGAGCUGCAGGAACUGGCGCAGAUCUCGCGCAAGAAUCCCAAAACGAUCAUUGUGAAUAUGAUUGCAUUUCCCCAAACGAUUCCCGAUGUGUUGCGAGCCAUUGAAAAGAGCGGCAUGAAUCUAAAUCCGCAACAAGACGGCACCACACUCUUUAUACCCAUACCCAAGGUGACCAAGGAGCAUCGCGAGCACCUGUCCAAGAAUGCCAAGGUGUUGUUCCUUAAGUACCGCGAUGCCAUACGCGACAUACAGAACUCCCAGAUACGCAAACUCAAGAAUAAGACGGACAUUGGCAAGGAUGAUGUGUUUGCGGCUCAGACUCAGGUUACGGCCAUUGCGGACAAGUACAUUGCGGAGGCGGACAAACUGCUGGCCAGCAAACAGAAGGAGCUGCUGGGAGAAGCCUAAUAAUGAUACUCUGACCGCCUCAAGACUGAUACUGAUUAAAUAUGUUAUUUGUUGCAUGGAUAAAUGUUACUGCCACUCUUUGAAUAUAGAAUACAAAUCAAUAUAAAUAUA